CGCAGUCCGUGUGUACAAAAAUGCCAAGCAGAAUAUUUACAGGAUUUAGAGCUUUAGGGUACAAUAGUACCCAUGUUCCUUUAGUUGUUAGACAUCAUAAGAAACGUGAAGAAAACUACGUAGUAACAUCGGUGGGGAAAGCCUUCCACGUUUACAACUGUUCAAAGUUGGGAAUAGUCAACAUAAGCAACUUGCAUCCAGAUGAAAUCAACUGUUUAGCUGUAGAUGCCUACUUGACAUUCACAGCUUGUCAGAAUGUCAUAAGAGCUUACAAACAUGGCACACAGCUUGUUCACACUUAUAAGCAACAUGAUAAAGACGUCCAGUUGUUGCUGCCAUUUGGUGACCACCUCAUUUCUGUGGAUACCAACAGCUGUGUCAUUAUAUGGAAUAUAGAAUCUGAAGAGAUCCAUUUGGAGUUAUCAUUCAGCAAUACAGUAUUCCAAGUGACAGCUAUUUGUCAUCCUAGUACAUAUGUUAAUAAAGUUGUCUUUGGCAGUAAACAAGGAAGUCUGCAGUUAUGGAAUAUCAAAUCGGGGAAACAAAUUCACGCUUUUAAAGAUUUUAAUGCACCAAUCACAGUUCUGGAGCAGGCUCCAGCUAUUGAUGUGCUUGGUAUUGGAUUUGCUGAUGGACGUACUAUGUUACACAACAUCAGAUACAAUCAGACCAUCAUGACUGUCACACAGGAUUGGGGUCCAGUGACUGCCAUAUCCUUCAGGACUGAUGGCAGUCCCAUCAUGGCUGUUGGUAGUCCCCUUGGGCACAUUGGUGUUUGGAAUCUUGAGGAGAAACGUCUGAUCAGUCAGAUACAGGAGGCCCACAACAGUGCAGUGUCGGGUAUGCAGUUCUUGCCCUCAGAACCAAUCAUGGUCACUAACUCAGCUGAUAACUCUGUCAAGAUGUGGAUAUUUGAUCAGGCAGAUGGAGGUGGGAGGUUGUUGAGACAGAGGACAGGACACAGUGCUCCACCAAAUAAAGUCAGGUUCCAUGAUCAACAAGGACAGAAUAUACUCAGUGCAGGUCAAGACAGUACCCUGCGAUCAUUCUCCACAGUUCACGAUCGUCACAACAAGAGCCUGGGCAGGGCAUCUUUUAACAAGGCACAGAGCAAGAAGUCUGGUCUAAAGCUAGAUCAGCAUAUGAUGCCGCCCAUUAUCGACUUUGCAUCAGAGACCAACAGGCAGAGUGAUUGGGAUAGUAUUGUGGCAUGUCACAGAGGCAUAAACAUCACUACCAGCUGGAACUAUACCCGAUCAACAAUGGGCAAAUACAAACUACAGCACCCUCGUUUCAGUAAAGAUGCCACAUAUGCUACUGCUACUGCACAAGUAGCAACAUUAAGCAGCUGUGGAAACUUCUGUGUGAUAGGCUAUUCUAGUGGCCAUGUGGAUGUCUAUAACAUGCAGUCUGGUCUACACAGAGGAGAGUAUGGUCAACCUCAAGCCCAUGAAGGAAGCAUACGUGGUGUAGCAAUAGAUGCACUGAACCAACAAACUAUAACUGCUGCAUCAGACUGUACAAUUAAAUUCUGGAAGUUUAAACAAAAGACACUCCUCGGAACAUUGACCCUGGACAGCCCUGUAGCACUAAUACAUCUCCAUAGAGAGAGUGCCAUGAUGGCAGUCGCUCUUGAUGACUUCACAGUUGUCAUGGUUGAUAUUACAAGUAGGAAAGUCGUGAGGAAGUUUGAAGGUCAUUCUAACCGUGUGACUGAUAUGACAUUUAGCGUUGAUGCUCGCUGGCUGUUGACAGCAUCAAUGGAUUGUAGUUUAAGAACCUGGGAUGUACCUACUGGAAGGUUACUUGACUGUGCUUUGGUAGACAGGGCUAUCACGAGUAUGAGCAUGUCCCCCAUUGGUAGCCUUCUGGCUACAGGUCACCUGGAUGAUGUGGGAGUCUACAUCUGGUCUAACAUGACCCUCUAUACACAUGUCAAUCUGCUACCCCUCUCAGAGAACUAUGAACCUACUCUCCUGGAUAUGCCUUCCACAGGCAAGAGGGAGGCAGGUGAAGAAGAUGAUGUUUACAUUAAAGAGGAGAAGAUGUCAUCAACAGAGUUUGUUUCUCCAGAGCAACUGGCAGAUAACCUUGCCACUCUUUCCACUUUGCCCAACUCAAGGUGGCAGAACCUUCUACAGCUCGACACAAUAAAGGAGAGAAACAAACCUAAGCAGCCCCCAAAAGUGCCCAAGUCUGCGCCAUUCUUCCUUCCAACAGUCAAAGAUCUUGAACUGAAAUUUGACCUCACUCCAGAAGAGAAAAAGAAAAAGGUUGAUUUUGACAGUGCAGCUAUUUAUUCUCUCCAAUUGUCAAAGUUUGGAACAACCUUGAAAGAAGCAGCUGUAAAGAAAGAAUAUGAUCCUGUGCUGUCUGCCAUGAAAGAGAUGAGUGUAUCAUCCAUAGAUGUUGAGCUACGUUUAUUGGCCCCAGUUGGAGACACCAGUCCUUUGUUAACCAACUUCCUAGAGUUCUUGGAGCACAUGUUCACCACUCGAAGAGACUUUGAGUUAGCACAGGCCUGGUUAGCUUUAUUUCUCAAGAUCCAUGGUGAUGUUAUUGCCAGGAACGAUGAUUUACUACAUGUAACAGGACGUAUCUGUAAAAGCCAGGAAACAAUGUGGAAAGGACUGCAGCAGAAACUCAACCAAAGCACAUGCCUUGUGAACUAUCUAAAAAGUGCAACUCUGACAAUAUAACAAAAAUAUAAAGCAUUAGCCUAUUAUAAAAUAUUGACUUUGAUUGUCAUGAUUUGUAUGUGUAAAAGCAAGGAAACAAACUAUAUAUGCAAUAAAA